ACAUGGGAUACGUCAGGGCAAGUUUGUAACUGCCGAAAACUUAAUGAGACGACUGCAAGACCGGGGAAAAGAUACGGAAGCUGUUCAGUUAAACAUCUCCGAGGGAGCACGUGUUCUCAGGGAAACUUAUAGUUUUGUGUGUAGUCUGUGUAUAUGAUGAACAAGAAUAGAGUUUGUCCACUGCUGCUGUUCCUGUGAGAAAGUAAGCUCUGUACAUUCGGUCGUAAACCGCAGUGCAGACCGCAGAAUUACGUAGUGUAGUAUAUAGCUUGUUGAUCAGCCCUGCGAGUCCGACCAGCUUGUCAACGUUAGACCAGUGUGCCUACUGCUGAACUGCUGCUGCAUCUGCCGUCUGUAUUCCCCCUAACUUCCGCACCCCACCCCCUUGUGUAUGCGGGCUAGAGACGGCAAAGGAUGGUGCCAGAACAACACACGUUGAUGGAAAAAGACGGCCUGGGACUGUCAAACCCUCUGCAGAUUGUUAAAGAAGAAGAAGAGGACGAAAGUAAGGACAAGCGAGGCAGAAAGAGACCGUAUGCAAAGAGAAGUCAGUCGCUGCCUAACCAGAUGAUGUCGUCAGACCAGGAGCAGUCCCCAGCCGGCCUGGCUCUGUCCGAGGGGUCGGGGGAAGAGUUAGAGAUGCACUCCCCAACAGACCCGGGGGGACCGGCGAGAAAAAUCCGGCGGAAAUCCCCUCAAACUUACGAAGACAUUCAGAACCAAAGAGUGUUAGCGAACGUCCGCGAAAGGCAACGGACUCAAUCAUUAAACGAAGCCUUUACGCAACUUCGCAAAAUCAUCCCGACCCUUCCCUCGGAUAAACUAAGCAAAAUCCAGACAUUAAAGCUGGCCUCUCGUUACAUUGACUUUCUCUAUCAGGUGCUAAGGAGCGACGAGUCUGAUAACAAGAUGGCAUCUUCGUGCAGUUAUGUGGCCCACGAGCGACUUAGUUACGCCUUCUCCGUGUGGCGCAUGGAAGGUGCCUGGUCAAUGUCAGGCCACUAAGUCAUUCUCGUGAAUAUAUCCACCCUUCAACAUAUUAAAUCAUGAAUAUCCUCGAUGGUAGUGCAAGGCCAAUGGAUGGAGAACUGCUUUGGUGUUUACAGUCCCAGUGCACUGAUUAGCUUGGAGGACUCCGAACACGUCCCGGAAAUCGAGGGUAUAACUUUUGAUACCGGAACUGAGCUUAUCCUCUUAGUGAACUGCACGCUACAGGGGUCCAGCGUCGACGGCCCCAGACAUCAACUGUCAGUAGAAGCGAAGUGCAGCAGGUCUCCUGUUCCGGGCCCGAUCUGCAGCCUGCACAGGAUGGGGUCACUUUUCUAUCGCAACGUUAACGUUUGGAUCAUGUGACUGUGCGCUGAGAUUCGAAAACUUUCCUGUUACAAAUUCCUUCCGAAUAUAUCAAGCUGUGUCACCUAGAUCGUGUGUGUGGUGUGUGUGCACUGUUAACAUUUGCCGGCAUGUUACUGUCAUUGAGUAUAUGACAGAAAAAGUGGGCGUGACUUAGAUCAACUAUACGUCAGAAGCACCACCCAUGUGCCACGUGACAUCCCAGGUGCGAACCACUGUUGCAAUAUUUUAUAUGUGUACAAAACUAUCACUUCCUCUUUCGCGGUUUGUGAAUCUUACGAAAAACGUUAUAUUUAUUGUUUUAUAAAUGCAAUCUAUCAGUUUUCAUUUUACAUUUUGCAGUAGAUGUGUCAGAGGUGAUUUACACGGCGGGAUAUCAACGAUUUUUUUUAUCGUGAUUUGUUAUGACUUGUUAUGAAGGUGACUUUACAACACAACCCAAUGAGGGGUGAUGCUUUCUAUAGCAAACAGUCCGUGGAAAAGUUUCCUAUUUCCAUUGUAAUUCAAACGUCCAUAACUGGAUAUGUUCAUACAUCAUUGUGAUCUCUGUUGUAUAUGCAAGAUAGUUUAUGUAAGCCAUUUUAUCUGUGUCUUCACAGUUUAUGCACUUAAUGAAUGAGUAAUAGGGCCUGAUGAUUCAUCGUCACGAAAAUACUUACCCAACAUUUUUGUAGUUAAUCAGUGUAUGUAAGGUCAUUUGCUGUUUUCGAUCGUAUCUUGUAUCAUGUAUAGCACUUAUUAUAGUCUAAAUAAGUAAGUGUUAAAUAAUCUAAAAUCAUAUCUCAUGUAUAAUGACGAUGAAUGCAUUCAUUGCUUGCCUUAAUUCCCCUUCUACAACUUACUCUGUAUGAUACCAACAGCUUUGUUUUAUUUAAAGAUUUUGUUCAAGUCAAACUAUCAUUUGACGAAGGUAGUUUGUCAGUUUGUAAAUAUCUGCAUGAUGAAAUGAGUGAGCGAUUUUUAUGUAAAUAAUUUUAAUGUUGUAUGUGUCACCUGCAUUUAGUGUUAAAACACGCCCGUCAGUUCUUAGUAUAUACAUGAAACAACCAAGUAUGGUUUAUUGUUAAAACUUUCCCGGAAUGGAUUUUACCCUUCCGGUAAGUUAAACGUUAAAACCUCUCAAGUAAACGUUAGGUCGUCAUGAAGGCCUUUUAAUAAAGGCUGUCUACAGGCGUAUGAAGGAUGGGUGGUGGCUGAUCCCUUUCAACAAGGUAAACAACAUGACCGUCAUGGAUAAGUUGACACAUGUGUCUUUAUUGUACUGUGUCUUAAGAUUCCCAAUUCGUGUGAACCUUUGCUAAUGUUUUUUAUAUGGGCCCAAACUUUUGGAUACAUCGAUACAUUUAUUUUGUGUGCACGACUGACAUGCAUUCAAACCUCCUGAAGUCUAUAUUGAAGAAAAUAAAUUUUAUAUGAAAUACACAAUUA